AUGUCGAAGCCGUUGGCACGAAAGGAGACGAACAAGCGCAAGACGCAGUUCCGAGAUGAAGCAAUGGAGGCUGCUGCUGCUCUUGCUAGCGAUGAAAUAACUUUCGAGCAAGCCUGGAUCAUCCACAAGCUGGACUGUUUAGGUUGCCGAUUACAUGAUAUUCACAAUCCGAAAUCGACCAAUUGCCGUGAUAAUCCGUACUGCAUUAAACGUUUAGGACUGGAAAAAUUUGAUAAACUUAUUAAACAAGAAAAACUUAAUACGGCUAAGGUUGAAGAGAGUCAGAAACGACGCGAUAUAUUGGAAGUGCCUUGUGGUUUAACUAAUUCUGGGAAUUUUUGCUAUGUCAACAGUUUCCUUCAGGUGUGGUACAACGAUCCUGUGUUCCGACAAAUUAUUUUUGACUGGCGACCUUCUCCCGAUUACGUGAGGCCACAACCGCCUGCAAUGGACGUGGAAGCAGUUAUGAACAGUCUACAGCAUUUGUUUUACACUAUGCAAACUACACCCUUUGAAGACACUGAUGAUAAUAGACACUUUACUGCUGCGCUUCGUCUUGGAAAUGAGCAGCAGGACGCGCAAGAGUUUUCCCUUGUACUCUUUGAUGCCUUGGAUAGAAAUCUUCCUAAACAUCCACAUGGUGAAGAAAUCCGCGAUAGGAUACGUGAACGCUAUUCAGGCACCUCGUUGCAACGGAUAUGGUGUACUUGCGGAAAAGAGAGUCGGCGGAGUUCUCCAUUUACAGCUCUGCAGCUAAAUAUUGACGGGUUCAAAACUCUGCAAGAGGCACUGGAUGCGUACUGUGGAGAAGAAUUGUUAGAGGACUAUCUUUGUGAUGAGUGCAAUCGCCGUGGUCACGUCAAAAGGCAAACUACACCUGAAAAGCUUCCGCCAGUGGUGAUGUUACAGUUAAAUCGAUAUGUGUUUGAUGGAAAUGGCAGAAAUCGGAAAUUAAAGGCACCAAUCAUAUAUCCACGAGAGUUAACUGCUCGAUCAUUUCAUUUGGGAGUUUCAAAAUAUGACGAUUUUGACUACGAGUUAUUUGCCGUGAUGAUACAUGAAGGCGACAAUACAUUCUGUGGCCAUUACUAUGACCUUGUACGACAUCCAUUUACGGGGGUGUGGUACAAAUACAACGAUGAGCACGUCGAGCCUCUUGCUCGCCCACCUGGUGUAGACAGAAGUCGAUCCGCUUCUUUAGCGCGUCCAACACCCGACAUGAAGGCUUGCUAUGGUUUAGCUUACCGACGAAAAGAACUGGGUGUGCCAGAUAUGGUUAUGCCUCCGGAUAACAUCACAGAAAAUUGGGCUGCUACGACGGAGAGUCGUUUCGAUGGUCAGACCAAGGAGACGAUAGCGAAAAGUGAAAAACGCCUUAAUGAAGUAACUCUACGGUACGCCCAGCUGAGCACGUUGUUUGAAACGCUCGAGACACAUGCUGACAAAUACAAAUCCCCCAGAGAUGUUGCCUUCCUCCCUACAAAGCUGCUAAGCGAUAUUCUUGAAAAAGAAUACGCGUCAGUGGUUCCCGUUCCGGUAGAAGAUCCUAAAGGCGAGAAAGCUUCCACCAAUACAGUAGCAGACAGUAUCCCUGAUGAAUCAGCAAAUCUAUCUUCUGCAAAGAGACCAAUACGUGUUUCACGAUUGCGAAGCGUACGCCAUGCGAUCGCGCGUCAUUUAUCGCCCCAAGAAAUGCCAAUUUGUCAUCACGGUCGACUUUUUGUAGAUUCUGUUCUAUUUGGAGACGUGAAAGGCGUUUCGAGAGUAACGGCAGAGACACUUUUAUCUCAGUAUGGCAUCAUGACAAAGAUCAAAUACGACUGCGAUUCCUCUGAAGAACCACAUUUACUUCUGACUGGCAACGAUAUUUGUGUCGACUGUGUCAAGGAGUUACGCCGAGAAGGGCAGUUCAGAGAAAGCCUGGAGGGCGAUGUCAAAUUAGCAACGCGGAUUUUCAAGGACAAGACAAGAAAGCCAUUUGCUUACUGCCAGCUCUUGGACAGGUGUUCUUUGUCUCGAACUCCGAAGCCUGCAGGCUACUUGUACAUAUCGCGGAAGUGCCUUGCCAAUUUCAAGAAGUUGGCGUUGCGUCAAAUGGAACACCAACAUAAGUUGCAGUCAGCUGGCGCCACCCUCCAGUUUUUGGUGAAUCUUGCUGCGGUUGAUAACAAUUAUUCUGGAAGUGCUAGAUCCCCAAGGCGAAGUAAAGGAGCACGUAGAAAAAGAUUGGUAACGAAGUUCGGCGAUGAGUCGCCUGCCUCUUGUGAAGACGGGCACACUCCUUCAAAAAUAUCAAAGGACGAUCCAUGCGAGUCGAUGCAAAGUACCAGUGAAGAGAUUGGGUAUGGACCGAUGGAGGUCAAGGAGGAAUUAUUAGAUGAGAAAUACUCGAAUGUAGCAAUCGAUAUGUGUGCUGAAGAUGUUUUUGAUGAGAAGCCGAAAGUAGGAAUACCCACUACUGCUGUACCUACUAGCAACUACAAGUGCUCAACGGUGGAAGCCAUAUCAUCAAAGACGGGUUCAGACGAAGAAAGGCACUAUUCCGUGACUGAAUCUGGCGACAUUGACGACACAAAUUCCUUAUCGGUGAGCUCAGAUGCGUCAGGAGUGCCACAAAUGGAAUUGGACUGUUUUGAAAUGGGCCCCUCAACGAAUACAUCCGAUGGAUGCCAAGAUGAUGUCAUCACAGAACAACCUGCACAUGUUGUAAGUGAACCGAUGCAAAAUGGAUGCAUGGGAAGUGAUGAACCCAAUGAACAAGCGAAGUCUACUCAAGAACCUAAUAAUGAACAAAGUGCCUCUUGCUCGCCUCCUGAAAGACAGUCUUCGUCGCCAGCUGAGCACCCUUCGUCGUCUUCGCCUCCCGAGCGUCCUUCUUCAUCUGCUAGUAGAUCGAGCACACACGAGUCUGGGGCAGUUGAGUUCAAUUCCGAGCUUCGCUGUGAACACGGUGGAAUAAACCUUGACGAGUUUCGACAGGCAGUGAGUCCAGACGAGUGGAAGCAGCUUUCGUCGUAUUUUGAUCCUGCCACUACUUUUCUUGUGCGAUGUGACGAGCCCAUCUGUCAGGAAUGUGAAAGAGAAUUCAAUGAACAACAAUGUGGCAAGCAGGAACUGAAAGAAUCUCUGCGAGACCUUCGAAGUAGGAUUGGUGAACUGCUUCGAGAGAUUGAUCGGCGUCGUCCCACCGAAGAAGAGUACGGUACGGUGUACUCAAGGGGCAUUUGCAGCCAAUUUUUGACGAAGUUGACAGCAACUAUGAAAGCACGCGGUUCAUCUGUUGCGCUGCCAACGAUCUGCCAAGAAUGUGUGCUAUGCACUCACGGACUGCCAAAUGUGGGACUUUCUUGCGACUUCGGUAGUGUGCACAUCGUUGCUCUCUCAGAAAUAGAGUGGAACCGUCUUUGCGAAGAAAUUACCACUGGUUUGGGAGCUGGCGACUCUGAGCGACCAAACCCCGUUAUUAUUUCUGAAAGAGGACGAAUUGAGAACAUGUGCGAAGGUUGCUUUGGUGAACGUCUCGAAGCGCUGAACACACAGCGAUAUGUCUACGACGAUGCCUUCAUUUAUGUUUCUUUGAGUGAGGAUGGCGCAAUGAAUUCUCCUUUGCCUAAAACCACUAGAAGGACUCAGAAGAACAAAUGUUUUAAAAUAAAGAUGUCUUCAACGGACACAAUUCGAGAUCUGAAAGUGCAGUUGUACAAGCAAACAGGCCAAACACCAAACGAUCAGUUGCUCUAUCGUGAACUGGGAGGUUCUCUAUUAGAUAGUGACUCAACUCUUUUCGAGGCACGGAUAGAGAAGAAUAACUCGGACCAGCCGCUGAUCCUUAUUGCGCAGUCCACUACCAAUGUGCCAAUGAAGUACGACGAGCAACAGGUGCGAGCACCAGAACGUGGCUUCAUCGAUACCGCUCUUGCUCACUAA